AUGGGGCUGAAGGCCGACAGCGACACCAGCGAGACGCUUCUAACACCAUCCUUGUACAUCGGUGCAUUUGUGCUCCCAAGCUCACUGUCUCAGCCACUCGACACCUAUAUUGAUAUGAGACCCUGGCACAAGGGACAGCUGUUCAUCAACGGCAACAAUGUGGGUGGCUACUGGCCAUCCCUGGGGCCCCAGGUGACUCUGUAUGUCCCCCUGUCAUUCCUCAAGCCCCACCCUGCUUCCAACACAGUUCUAGCCUUUGAGCUGGAGUCAGCACCCUGUCCACACACAUGCACCAUUCGGUUUGUUGAUCAGCCAUUCAUCAACAAGACUGUGAAUGUAUUUGAUUGAUCUACCAUUCAUCAACAAGACUGAAUGUAUUUGAUUGAUCUACCAUUCAUCAACAAGACUGUGAAUGUA